UCACAUCAGUGCUGCGACGCCGGAAAUGUAGUUUUUGGAGGCCGAAUCGCCUGAUAGUUGUGGCGGUAAGUGUGUUUGAGGAGCGAUGGAUCAUGGUGGUUAAGGUUCCCUCCAGCCAGAAACGAGACCGAGCUGAUAACGACUCCUGGACUGGACUUUCUCACCGGAACUCAGCUGCGUUUGGAAGGAGUGGGCCGUUGCGCCGCAGUUAGCUGCUAGCCGGCUGGAGUGUUGUUAGCUUUGUAGCCACGGGCUGCAGCCUGGUUUGUAGGGUCCUCUUAUCUGUUUGACCACUCGGAGACCCAACAGGCGUGAGUUUAUCUGCGGGUGGCUUAUAAUCAGACUAACUGUUAAAUAUCAGGAGCCAACAUGAACUUUAUUCAACAACAGCUCCGUGAAGCCUCUCACAGCUGCUGGUGACUACCAUCUGCUGAAAUCCGUCCUUGUUUUCAUUUUAACAGGAGCUUCACUCUGCAGCUGGAAGAAGCAAGGUCAGAGGUCAUGUUUCUCCACUAUGAGCUCAGUCCGCAAACGCCUCAAACUAAGCCCAACCAAGCAGCAGCAUGCUUACAGCAGCACCAGCAGCUCCAGUGUUGGAGCACCACAGCUCAGCUCUGGUGAUGCUGUGUUGCUGCCGCCACCGGCCCCGUUUCAGGCUGCGCCACGAGCCGGAGCUGAGGUGGAGGUGGAGGUGGAGGAGGAAGGUUACCUGCUGGUGGAGGAAGACACCACUGAUUCCAGCCUCAUCAUCACUAUGGAGGACAACCACAAGGGGGUAAAGGCUCCGAGGAAGAAGGCGGUGAAGAAGAAAAAGCGAACACUGAAUGAGAAGGAAGUUCAUGAGAAGGGCCAGACGUCAGAGACGGAGGAGGAGACGGGUGUGGAGGUGGAGAUUGACAGAGAGUUGGACCAGGCUCUCGAGACAAAAUCCAAACAGCACAACCUCACCACUGUGAAUGUUAAAAACAUCAUCCAUGAAGUGAUCACCAAUGAGCAUGUGGUUGCCAUGAUGAAAGCAGCUAUCAACGAGACCGAAGCAGUUCCUCCAUUUGAGCCUAAAAUGACUCGAUCCAAAUUUAAAGAAGUGGUAGAGAAGGGUGUGGUCAUUCCCACCUGGAACAUCUCGCCGAUCAAGAAAAGCAGCGACACCAAUAAGGCUCCUCAGUUUGUUGACAUCCCACUGGAUGAGGAAGACUCCUCUGACGAAGAAUACCGCCCAGAUGAAGAAGAGGAGGAUGAGACAGCUGAAGACACGUUCCAGGAGAGCGACAUGGAGAGCACGGCUUCGUCUCCCAGGGGUACUCGGCUCAAUCGAGCAGAGGAGGACAGCUGCAGCCCCUGGCAGGCUUCUCGAGUGCGGUCCAGGCGUUUGAAGGAAGGGUUGAUGGGACCUCCUCCUCCUCCUAAAGCCUUCCCGUCUAGAGGUGUGACUGACACCACCUUCCUGGAGAAGCUUCAUGCUGUUGAAGAGGAGCUAGCUGGUUGUAUGGAGCCCUAUCAGCCUAUGUCUGAGUCUGAGGAUGAGUCCGGAGUUAUGGCGUGCCGGACUCGGUCCAAGCGACCUCUCCGGAAUGUCCCUUUAGGCCAGCUGGAGGCCGAGCUCCGGGCUCCCGACAUAACUCCAGACAUGUACGACUCCAGCUCUGCACCGGAGGACAGGGAGUGGACCGACUGGUUGAGAGGCCUGUUGAGCUCGGAUGUUGAUAACGAAGAGGAGUGUGACGAUGAAGAUGAUCCAGAGUACAACUUCCUGGCUGAAAUCGACGAGCCCGACCAGGAGGAUUAUCGUGACGACAAGGCCGUACGGAUCACGAAGAAGGAAGUGAACGAGCUAAUGGAAGAGCUGUUUGAAACGCUGAAAGAGGACCUGGCAGGUCAGGAAGUGGAUGAUGAAGGGCAAGAUGAAGAUGAGGAGCUGCAGGAGGAAACGCCCGCUUUUCAGGGGCACACACUUGAGGUGCAGCACAUAGGAGCAGCUGACAACGAGGCUGAGGACGAACCAAUCACGGAGCUGCAAACGGUGAGGCAGCAACUGGCUUUGAUCAGAAAGAGACGGCAGACAAACUCUCUGUUCAACACUCAGAGUCCAGAACCUUACACCCUGAAGCUGAACCGUCAGCAGCAGCAAAGACUGCAGCAGCAGCUCCAACAGCACAUCCAGCUGCUGAUUCAGAUUAACCUGCUGACUUCACCUGUCCCCAAACUGCACAGUGAGGCGGAAACCACCAGGCAGUUCCUGUUUGAGUUAGACAUGUUGGCUCACAGGGGAGAGCUCAUCAGGGCUGCAGAGCAUCCUGGUUUCCGCAGCGCUUUCAGAGCCUCUAACCUGCAGGGGGCCCUGGAGCUCCUGGAGGAGAUGAAGCAGACGCCCAUAGACUACCAGCCGCAGAGCCACAAGCCUGACGGCAGAGGACAUAUGCGCUGUUACCCUGUCAUGCCGGCUGAGCUCGCCUGGUUGUUUGCUACCCGACCCGUGUUCCUGUACCCUGAACUGCUGCCUUGUGCCAACCUCGACCCAGCUAUGUACUGCCCCCGCAGGACGGCUGCCUUCACUGCAGCAGAGGACUGUCUGCUGGUCCUCGGCCUCAGGAACAUGGAGGGAGCGUGUGACCCACCAAAGCUUGUGUCUCAGUUUCUGCUCAGGAAAACUGUGGUCCAAGUCCGCCGGAGGAUCCUGCAGUGCUGCAGACCUGGAACCCCUGACAACAUUGUGAAGGCCUUCAGGUAUCAGCAGGUGGUGUGGUCGAUGCAGAUGGCCUGCGGUAAUGUUGAUCCUGCAGAGCAGCGCCCGCCUGUAGCGAGAGAGGAGAACAAGCUGCCUCUCUGGCUCGUGAGGAGCCUUCCUGUCAUCUGUCCCAUCAUCAAACACUUCAACAGCCCAUCCAGCUCCUCCCUAGAGGCCCCGGCCUCCUGCAGGAGGGGCAAGGCCCGUCACAGCAACCUGGCCUUCCUACGAUCCACCUCCUCCAGCUACAGCUUCCCCUCUGGGACUAGAUACCCGCCUCGCCUCCCACAAAACCUGGACUUUAAACGCAUCGGUUUCGUCCUGCUGCAGCAGCCCCUCGCCUCUCCUCCUGGCGAAUCCUCCAGCGUCUCUGAGGGUCCGUCCAACUGCUCCUCUGACUCUCAUCCUUCUCAUGUCCUUCUAAAGCGCCUUUUCCUGAGCAAGAAAGAAAAAGCAACUGACAUCAUAAUCACCUCCACCAUCUCCCUGCCAGCCACAGAGCAGAUUAAAUACCACUGUCGAACACUGGCUGGGCUGAGGAGGAGGAGGAGGAGGAGUAGGAAGAGGAGGAGGAGUAGGAGGUUGUCUGCUUUGCCUCCUGCUGCAGGGAAACCAAGCUUAAAAGAAGGAGAGCUGAGGAAGAAGGAAGAUGGACCCACUGCUUCUCCUAAAGGUCCUGCUUCCUGUAUGGAAAUUGGUGAUGAUGAUAUCACCACUGAAGAAGAGUUGGAGGAGGAGAGUGAAGUGCUUCUGGUUUUGUCUGAAUCUUCACCCAGCACUGCAGGAAGCAUCUCCCACGACGAUGACCUGCCAGAUCCAACGGAUGCUGAGUCAGAACCUGGGAAGAAAGUGGCAGUGGUCACAUCUGAAGCAGCAGAUGAAGAUGAAGAUAUUGGAGGGAUUGCUGUAAAUGAACCCAGAGCAUCAGUCACCCAGCAGCAGGACAAGCUGUCAUCAGAGGAGACUGAAGAUGAGGAUGAUGUUCUGAGGGAGUCGGAGGAUGUGGUGUUUGCUCAGGAUUAUCUCCACAGAGUAUGUGAAGCGGUCCAGGCGCAGCCAGGCCUUUCUAAGCAGCUGUUGCAGGUGCUGGAUGAAUUUGCCGCCGUGGGGCCUUCAGGGGCCCCGGAGGUGCUUUUUAGCCGACUGGCUUGCUUGCUGCGGCCGUGGCCUCAACUGCUCAAAGACUUUGCAGCCUUCCUGAACGGCAGACAGGCACGCAGAUGUGGACUGCUGUUGGAGCAGCAGCUGUUUGAACGCUGCCGGCGGUUCCUGAGGCGGAUGGGCCGGAGCCUGGGAGAAAGCUCGGUUCUCUACCAGCAGGUGGUGUCUGUCCUGCAGGGGAGCUCCGCCCCCUCAACAGAGGACGUGGACAAGGUUUCAUCUUUGCUUAGAAAGCAUCCAGACCUGCAAGGUGAGGUCCAGGAGAUCUUCCAGCAGCUCCACACCUGCUCCAAGACCACUGACGUGGACUUAGCCUCUCAGAAUCCUAAUAAUGGGAACUGUGAGCCGAUCGACGCUGUGGUGGGAAGUGAUGAAGAUGAUGAAGGGGAGCAACAAGCAGUUUGUGCCAAAAACAUCACAGUGACUUCUAAUGGAGAGAAGGUCAUCGUUUGGACUCGUGAGGCUGACCGGGCCAUCCUAACAGCCUGCCAGAAGAGAGGAGCCAACACGAAAACAUUCAGACAAGUGUCCGCUCAGUUAGGAAAUAAGACUGUUCAACAGGUACGGCUGCGUUUCCAGGACUUGAUGAAGCUUUUCCUCUCUUCGUCUCAAAAGUCCACCACCUCAGACAACCAGCCGGGGAGCAGACCAGAAACAGCUCCUGACUGAUCCAGUGACUCAUGCAAGAGUCUCUAACUGACCACAAAGUGGACGUCUGAGGAAAGACAGAUCCAUUUCUUCUGAGGUGGUACCACACCUGUGACCUUUACUUGAAUCAAGCCCAGAAGAGGCCCAGCAAGAGGGGGCUUCAGAUCUGCAUCAAACAGUUUCAGUUUACUGGUUUAGUUCAGGAACGUUCUCAUUUUAAAUGAUUGCAGAAGGAUUCAUCUCCAGAAUGUACCUGUAUGAGAUCGGGAAAGAUUUUUCUGAAGGGAUAAAAACAGAAUCACUGUUAAACUUGUUCUUCUUUUAGAUUUGUUUUGACCCUGGUGCUGUGAAAAAGGUUCUGAAUAUGAGAAUUUUCAGGGAAACUACAACUUAAACGUUCCCUCCAAGCUUUAGUCCUGAAUGUGCCGUACACUGUGAACAUCUUAGGAAAGAUUCAGAGUAUAUCUGCAGAUCGACAGCGGGUCCAAGGUGUUUAGAGUAUUUAGAGUUUUUAUCACAUAUGCAUUGAUGGCUGAUACAGACUUAAAGGGUUAUCACAUCAUUGUUUUUGUUGUGAUAACAAUAAAAGGGGAGAUAAAAAGUACUUUUGAAAGUCCUCAGUGCUUAUGGCAAUACAUCUGCCACUUGAUCCAGUCAAAAACCCCCAAACACAGGUACUGCCCUCAAAAUAAAAUGUACUGAUUAUUAAAUGGGCAACUUCAGUAAACCAAGUAGGGCAAACUUUGCAACACCAUUAAUGACUAUCGAUUUAAUACAAUUCCUAUCACAGUCGUGUUUUGUUCCGAUAAAAAUAAACAAUAUGGUGGCAUCCCUACUCUAGUGUUCAAAAAUAACUGCUUUGAACAUUAGAUUAGACUACACAGCUUAUUUUAGCUUUUUGUUUUUCUUCUACAUAUCACCCACAAUGAUCUUGGAGUUCAAACCAAAGCAGACAAUUUCAUUUUGAACAUUUGAUAACCUGGUGCUUAAAUUCAAAUGGAAAAUUAAUAUUUGAAGACUGCAGAUUUCCAGUCAGUUAUUCUUCCAGAUGUGAUUAUAAAAUUAUUUAGCAACCUUUAAUUGGGAAAUAUUUUGUUCUGUUUAAUCAGUUUGAACCUAUUUAUUGUUAUGUAUAUUUGAUAUAUAUCCAAUGACAUCAGUGAUUUUGGCUUUCCCAGAUGUCACUUGUUGCACAGGAGGGACUUCCAAAAGCAAAAACCUUACGUAAAAAUAGACUUAAAAUGUGUUGAAGUUCUGACUCUUGACUGAGGUGAUGCUCUGAAGGUUUGUUCUGUUUGUCAAUGUCUUGAUUUCUAACAUUCCAGCUGCUGAGAUUAAGAAAUGAGGAAUAUGUGUAAAACUGGUACUGGCGCUGUCCUUGUUGGGCAUUUGGACUCUUAAAUGCCUUAAAGACUUGGUUUCUGUUCAGUCUGAGCACAUUCAGUAUAUACAGGCAGCUUUAACUGUUUAAGAUUUGUUGUCAGUUCAGUUUAACUUCAUUAUAUGUAAACAUUUGUAUGCCCUUAACGAAUCCAUUUGAUUAGAAUUAUGGGCUUUUGUUUUUUGCUCUAACUUCUACUAAUGAGCUGUUUUUACAGCAGGACUCUUUAUACUAAAAGUCGGUUAACAUCAGACAAAACUAAACCUGUCAUAACUAGGGCAAUAAAAAAAAACUUGUUAAUUUUUAGGCGCCUUGCUUACAUCCUUAAUGAAGGAUUUCUUGAAGUGACUGUUUAUUUGUAUUCAACAUGGACCAAAAAACAAAUUUAUUAAAAAUGUUCUAUAUUUUUCAAAUAA